AUGUUUGUAAACUGGGUUUUUCUAUUUUUUUGCCAAAAGUCAAAAAUACAGACUUAAACUAGUCUUUACAUUUACAAUUUUUAGUUUUUUCUUCAAUCACGUUGCGUAAGUUUUAAAUAUUUAUUAUACUGGGGAGAUACAGAAAUUUUUCAACUGACUGAGGGGUUAGGUUUCCCUUGCGGUUUACAUCGUUAUGAUUUUCCACUGUACUAUUUUAAAAAAUAUAAGAAAAAUGUGAACUAGUAUUAAUAAAUUCUACUCGAUUAUGAUAUUUAAAAGUCAAUAUUAGCUAAAAUCGUCAAUUUUUGGUAACAGCUUUUGUCACAUAAAUACUGCCCUACCCAAAAAAAAAAAUUAAAAAGUAUUUUCGUCUGAAUUUAAUGAAGUACUUUCUUCAGGGUUUGCAAGACUUGUCCAUGUAGAUUUCCAAAUGUGAGACAAUAUGUGAUGAACUGAAUGUGGUUUUUGACAUACAUUAACGAUGCAAAGCCUGGAGGCUGCAUGCGAGGAGGGAGAACGACCAAUUAAAAAAGCAAAACUGAAUCAGACCUCCUUGCUUUUGCCUAGGCAUCAAGAAAAUAACCUAUUAGAGAAUGCCUUUAACAAACAGUUCUGCAUUCAUUCCAGAUUGCAAGAGCUUUAUAACGUAGAAAGUGCUAAAAAUCCUGACCAAAUAAGUGAGGGAUUAAAAUACAAUUCUUACCUAUUGGAGAAGCUUGUAGAACAAGAAAGACUGAACACAUUAGUAGUGAAUUUAUAUCCUGGUAAUAAGGGCUAUUCUUUGGCCUUUCCAAGUAGCCCUCAUUCAGAAAUGGGUUGUGACUUUGAAGAACCCACCAUGUUGGAAACUUUGAAAUGGCCAUAUGAAGAAAAUGAAUUAUUGCGUUACAUUGACAACGAGGAGCUGCCUGCUUUCUUUAUAGAUGUUUUAGAGCCAGACUUUAAUUUCUUGUUUUAUAGUGGGUGCAUUAUUGCAGAAGUAAGAGACUAUAGGCGAGCUUAUCCUCAUUUUAAAAAAUGUGAUAUACAUCAUGUACUUCUUAAGCCUACUUUGCAGAGUAUAUUAGCUGAUAUUAAUUUAAUAAUGGAACAACACGUCGACUGGGGAAGCGAAGAGAAGUUGCAUUUGGAGAGUCAAAUUCUCUUAGCAACAAAUCCGUCACUGUGUGUGGAAUCGAAUCCGGCAGUGGCUUCAAUUCAAGCUAAAGUGAACCACUGUCGUCAACUCUUGAACACGCACAGACUUCGUCGGACUGCUCGUAAAUUCUCCCAAGACACAGUGAACAGGAAAAGGAAACUAGAUCAGUUUACCCAUCGUCCUGGUCUUGAACUUUUUAAUUACAUUACCCGACUUCGCGCCAAGUCAAAGAAUGCCCUUGUUGCAUCGAAACAUCUCGCGAAGAAAAUGCCUGAAGAUACGUUCAAACCCAUACCGGUGCCCUCGUUGAGCGCACCGAACAUAGCACCACCAUCCCAAGGCGUUCACAUUAACGAAUUCAAGGCAUACCAACGACCGAAGGAGACCAGCGACUGUUCUCCUCAGCUGAUCGAAGAAUAUGUCCUGGAGACUGACAUGCCCUCAAAAGAAAAGGGGAAAUCGCGAGUUUAUCACAUUAAAUUAUCAAUACUUCAACGGCCUUCAAAUUCGGAAUAUUUGGGCGAAUUAUACUUGGAUAGAGAUCAUAAAAAAGAUGAAAGAAACGGCGUGGCCUGUCGCUUUUCAUUGGGUUCCAGGGCACAUGCUAACCGUUACAUACAACAAUUUACCGAAAUAUUUACUGAAGGAGGUCGAAAAUCUGUUAGGAUCAAAUAUGGACUCAGCCCCGGACUGAAAGAAAGAGUCGCUCUCGUGCAAGCGCAAGCGGCACAGUUACAAGCGGCUCAGCAGGCAGCUCAGGUUAAUUUGGCGCAACAGCAUUUAGCCCAACUAAAUCAAAAUUUGCAGAACAACACAUGUCCAAUGCCCUUGGUUAAUGGUACAGUUACAUCAGGGAUUACAUUAUUACAGCAAACCCCAACAGUUCACAAUGCUUCUAGUGUUUCACUGCUUCAUUCUCAAAUGCAGCCUAGCCAAAGCAAACAACAGCUUACCAGCCAAGAAGCCGAAAUUAAUGCUUUAGCUACGAAACUUAUGAAUUCUGCACAACAGUAUCAAGAAGCUUCAGCGAACGCCAAACAGCAAAAACUAGCCAUGAGCGGUAGUACUAGCAGCAAUGCAGCAAUUAUAAACUUAUUGAACAGUUCCCCUGCUAGUAAUGUGAAUAGUGAUGCAAGUGCAGCGGUAGUAAACGCGAUAAACAGUGGACCUAUAUUACCUCAACAAGUACAGACUAUAAAUCAGAAACUCAUCGGACGAAAAAUGACGCUUUCAAGUUUGCCUAAUGCGCGUGUUUUAAAUCAUACGAACCUGAUUGCGGUAAACAAUAGUAGAAUGAGUCUCUCCGAUUUGAACACGUCGGUACCGUCUUCAAGCGCGAUAAACUUCGGCCAGACGGUGCCGAUUAAACAAGUUAUCAGCCAGAGAUCGCCGUCAUCUUCAUCAUCUUCUUCUUCGGGGAAUUCAAGUGAUAAGUCGGCUUUGUCUGCUUUAUUAGUUGGUACUCCUGCAGCAGAUCGACCUGAUAUCAUCAAUCCUAAUUCAAAUUCGCUUCUACUCGAGAAAUUGGCUAGCGCGUCAAAAGUAAACAUGAACCUCAAUCCGUCACCGUCCGCGUCGAGCAUACUCAGCCCCAAAGCGACGGCUUAUAGUGAUUUAUCAAAGGUAUCAACUGUAACUCUUUCUAACGAUGAAAAGGUUGCGAGAUCGAAAUUUUUUAAGGAUUAUGCAGGAGAAAUAUAUGUUGAUAUGGACAAGAUGUCUGAUAAAACCAAGUCAAGCUUUAUAAAAUCAUCGCCCAAGUCCAAUCCUGUGAUAUCGCCUCUCUCCAGUCCCCCGCCUCCUUCACCCGUUGCUGCGGCAGCAUCCUCGACUCAAACGCAGAAUUUGAACACGAUUAAUGUGCAAAGUCUCAACUUAGCGUCGUUGCAAAAUUUAUCCGGACUUCAGAAUGUACAAGUGCAACUGUCUGGUUUUUCGCAGCCUAUAUCGCUGUCGCUGAAUGUAUCUUCGGCUGCAGGCAUUCAGGGUCAUCCCGCCAGUAUUAUUGUUUCAUUACCGGUAGCGACGACCGGUGGCUAUGCCGGCACGUCGUCAAUACCACCCCAACAAGUUACAGCUGGCACGAGCUUAGGCACACCUACCGUUGUUUUGACCAAUGCGGGAACUGCUCAGUUGGUCACAUCGAGCAUCAAACCGAUUAACCAAACGAAUAUCAGGAACGCUACGCAAACAGGAGUGACGCUUGCACAAGGUACUCCGCAAUUUCAAAUUCUCACUUCGGUUCAAAGGCCGAAAUUACAGCAAACGUCCAGCAUUCAACAGAACGCCGCAACGAGGAACAUACAGCGGACACCCUUCACGAUCAAGAUGACAACACCGAACACAACUCAAGUGACAAUGACGUCCUCGCCAAAUUCACUGUCAAGUCAACAAUUGCAAUUGGCUCUGCAAAAGCAAGCUCAGAUUCAACAGUUUCAACAAAUUUACAAUCAACAACAGAGAAGUUCGCCAACAAACGGUGCCGGAAAAGUGCGAAGACGUUCUAACACGUCGUCCGAUACACAACAAUAACAGUAUAUCGUGACGGCUUUCCUCGUUAAAUUAACUGCCGCUAAAUGGUGUAAAUUUAGGAUUAAUUGUAUUUUUUUAUUAUUACUAUUUUCAUCGCAGUAGCUUGAUCUCAACCGAUAUACUGUAAUGUCUGGCACACUUGUGGCUGUUACAUGAAAAAAGCUAAUUCAAUACUCGUUUCAGUUUUAUUGUUAUAUUGUACCUGUAACUAGUAUAGAGAAAUAUACAAAUUGUAUAAAUAAUUUGUGUUGCGUAGUGUGUAUUCAACACUUUUAGAGGAAAAGUCACAAAGAGAUACAACGUCAAAAACUACCAAGUUAAGGGACAUGAGAUGUUAACAGUUAGUACUUUAAAGUAGUUAAUGCUUUUCAUGUCUUGAUUUGUGGAAAUAAGUGCAAUGGGAGCAGAUUUAUCUUCAAAAUAUACCGGAAACAACUUAUAUGCAUUUAUUGACGACAUAGCGAGGGCGUAAAAUCUUUCGCUGCGGUUAUUCUUAAACUGUACUCACAGAACCGGCCCUGAACUAUUGCCAUAAAGCCCUAGUAUCAAGCCGGCGAGAAAGCCUUAGUCCUUUUCAUCGUUUUGGUGGUAUUAGGUGUUUAUCGCAUUAAUUUCAUUUUUGUUGUUUGAUUUUAUCUCCAAUUUUUUGAUAUUAUUUACCUCAAUCAUAUGUACAGUAAGUUGACCUGUUGUAUCUCUUAUGUUCAAAAUUCUUAAUUUUUAGUUAAUUACCCUGCAUAAAUUAAUAAUUUAACUUAUAAUUCGAAAUUAGAAGUUAUUUGCCAUGUUUGUGCAAUAUUUUUUUUACGGCAGCUCUUCGUUGGAAAGAGAUUAUGUAUUACUUAACUAUAAAGAAAUUGCUCAUAAGUUUCAAUUUAAAAAUUAUUUCAGAACGCGUACAGUGCCAAAAUUGUUUUCUUUGGAAUCCAAAGUUUGAUAUAGUAUAUCACAAGAUAAUAUUAAUUUUCAAUUUAUUAUUUAAUUUUGAAAUUUGCACUUUAUUUAAAAUAUUACAAAUUGCACAUUUGUGCUUGAGACAUGCAGUAUUCUUAUUUCAUGAUCAUAUUGGUAUUCAUAUUUAGUAACAAUAAUGGCGUGUGUAAAUAAAAUUUAAAUAACAUUUUAGUUAUUUAUAGGUAGUAUUUAUUUAAAACAACAUCACAAAGUGCAUUAUAUGUAUAUUUUACAUGAAUGUAGAGUAUACUUGUAUGCAACGUAUUAAAUAAAAAAAAAGAUGUACAUAAUGAUUGUAAAAAUAACAAUAAUUAUUAUGAAUAAUUAAUUGUACGUUAUUAUGGACACUUGUCGAUAAUUUUAAACCAUCUUGUGAUACCACUGAUUUUAUUUUUCUGUAGUUUUUUUAAGUAUGUAUCGUGAUUGUAAGAAUUAGGCAAUUGUUUCGAGAACAACUAGAAUGAAAUUUAAAGUAUAGCAUUUUUAAUGAUAUUUGUGCAAGUUAGAAAAAACAGCUACUUAUUUAUAGAAUCUUGAAUUUUUAUAAUCCCUUAUUCAUUUAUAUCUUACAAUUAUUCUUUUUUCAGUAAGAAAAGUAAAAAAGAGAACGAUGCAAUAAAAUUAAAAAAAAAA